UAAACUAACAUUUUAACAAAAAAUUUAGUUAAAAAAAGAAAUUCUGAAAAUAUAUAAAAUCAAAGCAUCAAAUAAUAUUAUAGAAUCAUUAUCGUUAGAUUUUAAGUAAUUUAUUUUUAAAAUGUUCAAAAGACAUUUUGUUUUUUCGUUGUGUAUAUUUGGACUCAUAAGCCAAAUUUUAUUACUAUCUAAUGGCACAAAUAAUGAAGAUUUCAAAAAAUACACAAUAAAUGUUCUGGAAUAUAUUCGACUACAAACAGGAUGGUAUUCAAUGCAAAAAUUACAAAUUACUCAAGGUACUUUUGUAUUAAAUUAUAAGAAUAUUGUUAGCGAAGUAAUUGAUGAGAGUAAUUAUAUUGUUAAACUUAAUUAUAUAAUAAAUUUUAUAAACUGCGAAUACUCUAAUGUAUUACAAAUAUUUGAUGUUAUGUUGAGUUUUAUUAUAAAUAAGUGUCAGUCGGAAUUAGAGGAAAACCGUCAGAUUCAAUUUCAAUACUGCACAGAGCGGCUAAUUGAUAUUGUAAAAAAUUCUACAAUCAUGUUUAUGAAACUUUUGGGCGCUACUGCAUUUCUAAAACAAUUCGAUUUGCGAAUUAUUAACAAAUUCUUAAUAAAUCCAAGAGUGAUCGACAAUGAAAUCGAAUUAUUUUACAAUUACGCAGAUAAAAUAAAUCGACCGGAAUUUUUUAACGAAAAUAGUAUUAUUGAUGUUUUUGAAGAUAUAAAAGGAUUCCAUAAAACUAUAGCCGAACCAAUAAUACUACAACUGUAUAAAAUCAACGAGGUAUGUGGCUCUAAUUAUAAAAAUGAUAUUCCAAAUGUUUUGAAGACAAUUUAUGACGUCAAAAAUAGUAAUGAACAAAUAAAUGAUUCAGGCGAAUAUGUAAAUAUAAUUUAUAAUAAGCUCAAUGUAUUAUACAGGAAAGUAAUUGAUAAUUAUUACAAGAAUCUUGGGUUUGGAGAGCUAAUAGGAACUAAUUCAUUUAGCUAUGAACCUCAGAAGUUGAAUGAGUAUUCAAUAAAAUAUGUCAUUAAACUAAUCAAUACUCUUCUUUCUUACUCGGGCUGGCAAUCAUAUAACAAUAUAACUACAAGAAAUCGAUUCACUAAAGGAAUUUAUGUUAACAUUCAGCAUUUAAUAUGCCCAGGAAAAAGUUUAAAUUAUUUAAGUAUACGACUAUGUAUACCUCAAAUAUUAAGAUGUAGGUAUAUCGAAAUAGUACACACUUUUAAUGUAGCAUUAGGUGCCAUAUUAAGGGUUUGCGAUAAAGAAUACGAAAACGGCUGUGCAGCCAUAUUAUUUAAAAUAUUAGAAAAAGCCGAACUUAUGUUUAAUAAUAUGCUAUUUGCUUUAGUUACAUUAAGACAUAUAUCAAAUACUAAUACAAAACAACGAUUAAUAAAUACUUCAAUUGAUAACCUUGUAGAAUCUAUUAUAAAGUUUAUUUGCAAAUUGAGAAGUAAAUAUUAUCCUGGUAUGUUUGUUUCAAGUCAAGGUGUUAUUGCAAUAAAAUCGUUCUUUAAUGAUAUAGCACAAGAACGCGAAGAAAAUAUAAAUAAAAAAAUACAUAUAGCCAGAAGGAAACAUAUGUGCUUUUGUAAAAUGCCAUCAGAACUUAUAGAUGAAAUUUCUUUUAUGUUAAAAAUUCAAAAUCAAAUUCUAAUUAGUAACUCACUUGACAACAAAAACUUAGAAAAAUUUAUGUGUGAUUUUCUGUCAUCUUUUUGUGAUGAAGUUCAAAUAAACGAUUAUGAAAAACUUGGAUUUGACAGUUUAUUAAGCUAAAUUUAUAAUGUUUACUGAAUAAUACAAUAAUGUCUAUUUAUUUGAUUAGUGAGUGUGUUUUUUUUUUCAAAAUUAAACAUUUGGACACAAAUAAAAAACUAAAACAAGUUUAGAUUUUAAAUAUUUUAUUAAUUUUUAAUUUUAGUUUUUUUUCAUUAUUAU